AUUUUUCUUUCGCAUGCAUAGUAACAAUAAACUAACAGAAAGAAAAAAAAAAACAAUAAACUACCGCAACCGAUAAAACCCAAACCCUAGCUUCAGGUUUUCCGAUCAAACUCUGAAACGAUGAAGAUAGCAAUAGAAGGAUGCAUGCAUGGCGAUCUCGACAAUGUCUACAAAACCCUCCAACACCUCGAAAAAUCUCACAACACCAAAAUCGACCUCCUCCUUUGUUGCGGCGAUUUUCAGGCCGUGCGUAACGAGAACGAUUUGAAUAGCCUAGCCGUACCAGAGAAAUACCGUACCAUGAAUUCCUUCUGGAAAUACUAUUCCGGGUUGCAGGUUGCUCCGUAUCCCACAAUCUUCAUUGGUGGUAACCACGAAGCUUCCAAUUAUCUUUGGGAACUGUAUUAUGGAGGAUGGGCUGCACCUAACAUAUACUUUUUGGGAGCGGCUGGUGUGGUUAAGUUUGGGAAUAUACGAAUUGGCGGGCUCUCGGGAAUUUAUAAGCAUUUUGAUUAUAAAUCAGGGCACUAUGAGAGGCCUCCUUAUGAUAAAAAUACUAUUAGGUCUGCGUAUCAUGUUCGAGAGUACGAUGUUCGCAAACUCAUGCAAGUUGAGGAACCUAUUGAUAUUUUUCUAUCACAUGAUUGGCCGGUGAGGAUCACUGAUCAUGGGGAUUGCGAGGCGCUUCUACGGAGGAAGCCUUUCUUUAGGGAAGAGAUAGAGGGAAAUAGACUUGGGAGUAAAGCUGCUGCCCAACUUCUAGAAAAAUUGAAACCGCAAUUCUGGUUUUCGGCACACUUACACUGCAAGUUUGCUGCUGUUGUUCAGCAUGGGGAAGGAGGUCCUGUGACAAAAUUCUUAGCGCUUGAUAAAUGUCUUCCUGGGCGUGAUUUCUUACAGGUUGUUGAAAUUGAAUCAGAGGCAGGACCUUAUGAGAUUCAGAUUGAUGAAGAAUGGUUAGCAAUAACACGGAUGUUCAACAAUGUAUUCCCUUUGACGCCCAAAGGUGCAGAUUUUCGAGGUGUAAAUCUUGAAAUGGAAGACUGUCGCAAGUGGGUUAGAAGCAAGCUACAAGAAUGGGGUUGUAAACCUUCUGAGUUUGUUAGAACAGUUCCAUGUUAUGAUCCUUCUCAAGCCGGUGUUGAUGGUGCUUCUGCUGUUAAUCCUCGGAAUCCUCAGACAGAAUAUCUUUUGCGACUUCUGGAACUUCCAUAUCUUCUUGAUAGAAAUCCCGAAGCAAAGGACAUGUCAUCUUAUCCUUCUUUAAUUCCAAGAGGCCCUUGUGAUAACUAUAGCGAGGACAUUCCCAUUGACGACGUGGAUGAUGACGAUGAUGAGGGAUUUGCUACAAUUUUUGGCAUUGGUUCUAUUUUGAGGUCUGCCCUUAUAUCCAAAAAUCAGAUACCAGCUCAAUGUGCUUUGGAAACACAGAGUAGUAAAAUAUUCUGCACACUGCCCUUCAGGCACUGCUUUGAACCCUCAAAAAAGUACCUAACGUCUGGUUCUAUGGAGACAACAAAAUCAAUGUUUCUUUCCAUGCUAGUUUCUUUUAUUUUUAUAUUUUGUUGUUAUGUUUCAUCUGUUAAGGCUGCUCUCUCUUUCGGCUUUUAUGCUGAUUCAUGUCCGAAUGCAGAAUUGAUGAUAAGAAAUACAGUUAGUUCAGCUUCUUCUAAUGAUCCUUCCGUUCCAGGGAAGCUCCUUCGCUUGGUUUUUCAUGAUUGUUUCGUUGAGGGAUGUGAUGCAUCUUUGAUGCUACAAGGGAACAAUACAGAACAAAGUGAUCCAGCAAACAGGUCUGUUGGAGGAUUUUCUGUUAUAGAAUCAGCAAAAAGACUUCUUGAGAUCUUCUGCCCUGGAACUGUUUCUUGUGCAGACAUAAUCGCUUUAGCAGCCAGAGAUGCAGUCGAAAUUGCUGGAGGACCGAGGGUUCAGAUUCCUACAGGUAGAAGAGAUGGAAUGGUUUCGAUUGUUUCAAAUGUUAGACCAAACAUUGUGGACACUAGUUUUACUAUGGAUGAGAUGGUUAAGCUCUUUUCCACCAAAGGAUUGUCCUUACUCGAUCUCGUCAUUCUUUCAGGAGCUCAUACAAUAGGAUCAGCUCAUUGCAACACAUUCAGGUCGCGGUUCCAACAAGACUCGAAUGGAACUCUUAGGCUCGUCGACCAAACCAUUGAUACUGAUUACGCUGACGAGCUAAUGAAACAGUGUCCAGUAACUGCACAACCAUCCGUGACAGUGAACAAUGAUCCUGAAACAUCUAUGCUAUUUGACAACCAGUACUACAGAAAUCUUCUAGCUCACAGAGUUCUGUUCCCGUCUGAUUCAGUUUUGUUGACCGAUGUUAACACGAAGAAAAUGGUGGAGGAUUUUGCAAAUGAUCAACAACUUUUCUUUGUCAAUUGGGGUGCUGCGUUCGUGAAACUAACUAGCGUUGGCGUUAAGACUGACGAGGAGGGCGAAAUUCGUCGUUCUUGUACAGCAACUAAUGUUGUAUAAAUGUGCAUAACAAAGGUUAUGGAAAAAUAUCCUUUGUAGUUUGUACAUUAUUUUGUUGGUCUUGUUUCUUUGUCAAUUCUUUUUUGUCCUCUCUUCUAUUCAUUAUGGCUGAAUUUGAGAAAUAUGAAAUCUUAAAAGUUGAUAAUGAGUCAUGCUUUCUCUUAUCAAAGAUAAUGAUG